AUGCGCGAGCCUACACCAGGGUCAGAAUGGAUAAUAAAUACAGCAGCAUGGCCUUGUGAAAGAAUAGAUGUCCUCAAUCGACAUAAUUUGCUAUAUGCUGUAGCAUCUGAAUUAAUUACAAAAAACCGGUAUGAUGAAACGUUUGAAGUCUUAAAAAAUCUCCCAGGUUUUCAGAAUACUUAUAACUCUCUGGAUGUAACCCAGUAUGGCCCUUUGUUUAAUAAACUGCUAAGUGCUUGUGCAGAAAGCAGAAACAUUGAAAUAUCAUCUACUGUAGUAGAAUUCAUACUUGCAAGAAAUAUUCCUAUUGAAUUUAAUUUACUUCGAGGAUUAAUCACAGCACUAGGAAGAAAUCGUUUGUGGCUUAAGGCCAGGAAACAUUAUAAAAAUGCUUUAGCAUUGGGUUGCUAUCCACCAUCUGAGGGAAAUCUUUAUCGUAAACUUCUACUGAUUCCUUCUUAUAUGAGUGAAGUUGAAAUGCUAUUAGCAAUUGAAGUUUUUUUGGUUUCAAAUGCCAGUAGUAUUCAGAGUCCUGGAGCUUCCACUCAAAUACUUCAAAUAGUAUUAAAAAGAUAUGAAGGUAACAAUAUUCGAAACAAGGAAGAAUAUCAGAAUGCUGCAGAGAGACUGUAUCAGGCUGCUCAGAUAUCUAAUCCAAAACUUUUCAUAAAGCAUUUGACUGUCAAUGUUAAUAAGGACCAAAUUUAUAGUUUGGGGAAUGCGUCCGUACUUAAAUGGUUGAAAGAGAAUAUGAAAUGGGCAGGAAGAGCCUGGCUUUUUUAGUUACAGUAAUCAUUGCUUAAAAUAAAUCUAUAAAGGUUGUUUCUGUUGUGUUCAGACUCUUAAUAAUUCAGUUUUUCUGUUUCUAACAAAAAAAAUAAUUUAGAAUAUGGGUUUCUAGGCAUGGUCAUUCAGAAGGAUCAAUUCGUGAUCAUUUACUUUUUUUUCUGCAUCAAAAUAUGCUCACAGUUCAGGGUUAGAAUUAGAGGUUUCAUAAUCUUUACUGUCUUUCAAAAACAAGGUUGUUUCCAUGCAAAUAGUUUACAGUUCUGAGGACAGCA